AGGAUGGAUGACUCAUACUGUAUCCACUGAUAGUCUGAAUGGACACAGCACUAGAUAUGAAUGUGUGCGUGAGUGAAGAACUGAAUGAGAGUUGUUUUAAAAUAGCAGGGUCCUCCGAGGUUAGUCUCCCCGAGGUUUGAGCUAGCUGCAUAACCCAAACAUAGAGGUCCCGGCCACAACCCCAGCACAGCCUAGGGGUAACAGUUGAGGUUACACUGUGAUUUCACGCCAUUUUAACUCCCCUUUAUACCAUAAACACAGGAACACAAUAAAGUGCUUCUCCAUUCAACCGACCUACUUGGGUUAUUAGUCUGUGCAGCCCUUCCUUCGGGCAGUAGGCUACACAUGUUUUAGCUAAAGGUUCAUUCUCACUGGUCCUGGAUUUUGCUCGUAUUUUAAACUUUUAUUUUUAAGACAUGGAGCACACACUUUAAUUAUAUUACACCUGUUAAUGUCGCUCGCGCCACCAGCACGACACAACUCCACCACCAUUAUUGUGACCAUAGACUGGUGUACACACACACACACACACACACACACACUCCCCCCAGUCAUAACUGAAUGACGGCAGGUCGCUAUGGAAACUGCGUUACGCUCCGGGCGGCCGGAGGAGAAAACAAGAGCGCGAGGACUCAUUCCGGUCUUCAUUUCAGCACCACGCGAGCUCCUGGACAGCGCCCGAAUGAACUCGCGCACCGAUUCUAGCCUCACAUGCCUUAUAAGAGACAGAGCCGCAUCAGUACCAAGUCUAAGCGGAGUGGGUAGGGACUUUAAAAGAAAAACAAGCCCACCUACUAAAGACACAUACUCUCCGGACCUGAAGCUCGGUGGAUGCGCAGGGUUUCAUUCUACUGCCCAGCGAGGAGCCAGUCGCUCCCUCAAAUGCACCAGCAACAGGGCAGCAGUAUGUCUGAAACCAAAUCCAGUCAGCGGUUCCACAGCCUGAAUGCCGAGCAGGUGGAGGUUCUCCACCAGGUUUUGUCAGAAGUGGUUCCAAUCCACGGCCGUGGGAACUUUCCCACAUUGGAGCUGCGUCCCCGAGAUAUCAUCAUAGCUGUGAGGGCCAGGCUGCAGAAGCAGGGAAUCACAGUAAGAGAUGUGCGUCUGAACGGAUCCACGGCAUCCCACGUCCUCGUCCGAGACAACGGAACGAGCUACAAGGACCUGGACAUCAUCUUUGGAGUGGAGUUGCCCAGUCAGGAGGAGUUCCAGGUAAUCAAAGAGUCUGUGCUGAGCUGCUUGCUGGAUUACCUACCUGCUGGGGUCAACAGGGAGCGGAUCAGCAGUGCUACAAUGAAGGAGGCCUAUGUCCAGAAAAUGGUCAAGGUCUUCAAUGAACACGACCGCUGGAGCCUCAUCUCACUCUCAAACAACAGUGGAAAAAACCUGGAGCUCAAAUUUGUGAGCACGCUGAGGCGGCAGUUUGAGUUCAGCGUUGAUUCCUUCCAGAUCAUUCUGGAUCGUCUCCUGGAGUCCUACAUGCAGCAGGAGUCACAGCACAAAAACAAUACUGUUGAUCUUAAGGACCAGCCUGCAGAGAAUCAGAAUAAAGGCUCUCCCUCUCUGCUCAAACAGGCCACUGCCCCAGAAACAGAGACGUCCACUGGUAGAGACUUAUCCAGCAAAGACGGGGGUCAGAUCAGCCAGACAAAACAGAGAGAGGAGGCACGUGAAAAUGAGUCCCAGACAGAACUAUCACAACAAGCUGAACAUUCAAACCAGACAAAACCCUCCAAAAUUGAAACAGACAACAAAGAGAAAACACCUACAGAGCUGAAAGAAGCGUCAGAACACAGCAAAAUCUUCAAUGAGACAGACUUCUCUGACGAGACAUCUCUAAACCUUUUGUCAGAAAAGAAACAAACUUCUGAGAAAGCUGAACCACCAGCACAGAUUGAACUCAUACAUGAGCCAGAGCUCUCGGACAAGACCAAAUGCUCAACAAAGGUAGAACAGUCAGAGCAAACCCGGCCCCUUGACGGCCAACAACCAGCAGAUUCAAAUCACAAGCAACUCUCUGUCCAGAAAGAACAGUCUCACCACACGAAACCCCCUGAUGAACAGGAAGAACUCACAGAGCAGAUGGGACAGUCCGAGCUGCCAAAAACCUCAAACAAAACCCAGACAGAGUCUCUAAACCUGGCAGAAGAAUGGCACAGUACAGACCUCUCCAAGUGUUUCAGUGAGGAUCAGAGAAGCAACGAGAAUGAUAAAACACAACAUGUGUCAGCUCCAGACUCUAGCACAUCUUCACAUGAAAAAACACAGACACAGUUAGCAGAUGAGAGAAAAGUAGAAACAGAGACGGGAGAGCAUGCAGAGAGGGAAAAUGACACAGAAAUAAGUGAAAUGACAGAAGAGGUUUUAGCAUCAGAAGAAAACAACUUAGAAGACACAGAGGGUAUUGUUUGUUCCUGCUCCACCUCUUCCACAUCUCUUCACGACACACAGCCUACUGGCACACAGGAAACACUGGAGAUGUGCAGAACACUACACACAGAUAACGCAGAUAAAACACCUAACACACUUGAUGCCAUCAGCCCUCCAGAUACUCAGGAUAUUUUACCUGCACCACCCGGCCUUGUUUCUGACAAAAAGACCUCCUCUUCUCCCUCUUGUAAGGCCUCAGAUAGAUUAUCUCACAUGGUGGUGCUCAAACACUCCUCUCCCAAACCCCCUCGGAGGAUGUGUAGGAAGUUUACCCUCAAUCCUUACCCGAGUCCAGUCUCUGAAAGCGAACCUGUCAUAGCACCCUGUCUAGAUCCAAAUCCCUGCCCUAGCCCUGAACCUGAGCUAGCUGUCGACUCAAAGCCAACAUCUCCUAGUUCAGACCCUACAGCUACCCUAACAACCAGUAUCUCUACUAAAACAAGCCCUGGUCCUGAAUCCAACCCUUCCAGUAACCUAGACCUUACCUCAGCUCCUGAUCCAGCCCCUGAUAUAAUAUCCACAUCUGCUGUGGAUCCCAUGUCUGCUUUACUCCAAGAGCCACCAUCUCCUGAGCAAAGCACAGAGAUUUCAAGUGUUCAGAUCCUAAAAGAGACACCAUCUACACAUGUGGCUUUUGAUGAGCUAAGCCAGUCCUCCCCUAGAGAAACUGCCCCUCUACCGAAACAAUCAGAGCCUCUUGACUCAGCAGACACGUUAGUUUCACACACUGAUACAAACACCCAAGAACCUGUACAUACCUCAGAAGUUGAGUUCAGUGAUGAAGAUAAUAAUAGAGAACUACUGACCAAAAAGAUGGACUUGAAUCAGCCAAACGACAGCCUACAAGAGACCACACUUAGUUCACCCUCUUCUUCCCACUGUGUCUCCCCUCCUGUUUCCUGUCUCACCACUCCCAUACUCAGUCUUUCCCCUCCCUGCUUCACUCCCUCACCCCCCAGUUUCAGCCCUCCCCCAUGUCUGACCCCACCCUCUCACUGCCUCCCAUCUCCGAUCAGCCCUGCUACCAGCUUUAGCUCUCCACCCUUAAGUUGCAGCCCUACCUCAUCCUGCCUCAGCUCACCACCUUACCUCACCCCUCCUAUGCUUAGCCUCAGCCCUCCCCCACUCUGUCUUAGCUCCCCUUCCCCUUGCCUCAGCCCUCCCCUCCUCUGCCUCACUCCGCCAGUGGAGUCAGAGGACCUUGUACCUCAGGUAUCUUCAGACAUGGAGCCUUUGAUACUGAACACUGACAGCGAGGAACAGAUUAAAGAGUCCUCCCCUCAGCUGGGAAUCCCUCUCCUACAGUUGGAGGAUAAAAAGGAACCAGAUUAUAUCUCAUCAUUGCCUCAGGUUGCAGAGCCUGUUUCUUUUCCAAUCACAAUCCCAAGCUCAACCUCACAUGGGCUGCCCCACUCUCAGUCUGAAGGCCCAGGGGAAUGUGCCCCUCCAAUAGCCGACGAGGCAUCCAACUCCGUGCCUGAGAACAAAGAGGCCCCUAAGGUAACAUCAGACAUGCCUGAACAGAGCAAUGCUCCACAGGCAUCUGGCUCAGUCCCUGCUGUUGAGGUCCUGGCAGAGAGCAUGUAUGGAGACUUUGAGGCGGCCAUGGACCACCUGCGCUACCGCCUAAUCGCUACCAGGAACCCUGAGGAGAUUCGAGGUGGUGGCUUGUUGAAAUACAGCAACCUAUUGGUCAGGGACUACCGACCUGCCAGCGAGACUCAGAUAAAGACACUGGAGCGCUACAUGUGCUCACGCUUCUUCAUCGAUUUCCCUGACGUGCAGGAACAGCAGAGGAAGAUCCUGUCCUACUUGAAGAACCACUUUAUCGGCGAGGAGAGAAGCAAGUACCAGUACCUGAUGACGCUGCGUCGCGUGGUAGACGACAGCACAGUGUGUCUGAUGGGACAUGAGAGGCGUCAGACACUGAACAUGAUCACAGUGCUGGCACUGAAGGUUCUGGGAGAGCAGAACAUUAUCCCCAACACAGAUCAUGUGACAUGCUUCUAUCAGCCUGCCCCAUACCUUGCCGAGCACAGUGCCCCCUAUUUAGCUGAACCCAGCUACUGCAGCUACUACAUACCCCAAGGGGGAUCAACUCUGCUUUACCAACCGUACCCCUUACACUUGCACACACAGACUGGACUAGUCUAACACACACAUGUAAUUACACAAAACACACAGUCGAGCCAGGGGAAGGUGCUUACUAUAAGGAAUAAACUGGAGAAUGGAAAUAUAAUCCAGGGAUAAACUGUUUGGUCUAUAAUAGACAUAUGGGGGUGGGACUGAGUGGGUUUUUACAGUAAACUCCCGGAGUACUGUAAUGUUCUAACAUGAUUAUAUGUAAUUAUCUGGGCUUUGUGGGAAAAUAAUAAUUCUUCCGAUAUUGUUAAAAUUCCAGAAAAUGCUGUAUGCACUGCAUGAGUCAUAGCCCUUUGGUCUCCCUUGGGAACUAACUGUGCUGUUGACAUUCACACACACACACACACACACACAUGCACGCACGCACACACACUUCCAGGUUCUUGAAUUCUUGUACACUCUUAUCAUGUUCUUACUGUGUUGUUCUUAAUGGGUUUGUUCAGAAUGUGGACCUUGCCUGUGGUUGAUAUUGUGCAUGGAUAAAUUAGGACUGUUCUCUCACUGCCAAAUACUGUGUGACUACUAUGCUUCUUAAAAAGUUUAAUGUAACUUUGUUAAUCCUUUACUGAAGGGGUGUAUUCUGAAAAAAAUACAGAGGGACAAUUCUACCAGUGUGUACAGUACUUUCAUCAGAACACACACAUGCAUGCAUAACACACAAACAAAUACACACUUGCAAAACGCAAACAUACAGUCUACUGUAUGCACAAAAAGUCAGACAAUGCAUGAGUAGCUAAAUAUAUAGACACCACAUCCUGAAGUCAAAGCAAAGGCUUUUAAUUUAAUAAAAAUUGAUCUAUUUUUUCAAGAGUUUCUCAGUGGUAAACAAACUGGUUAGUUCCUACAGAAAAAUGCCAACAACAAUGCCUUUGCAAUAGACUGUACAGCGUAUUGAUUACAGUAUAUCAUGUGCGGAUACACUGCAUUAUUUUCAGGUAAAUUGUGUUAAGAUGUAGUGCUUGAUUCCUUUUCCUUGUGGAGUCCUUUCUGUAACCAUGUGAAGUACUGUACCAUCUAGUGUUGACUUAUUUAAUGCUAAAGUUUACUCUAUGGAGGUGAUCAGGUUAUAACCAUCUUUGGAUCAUCUCUAAACAUGGCAGAUGCAGCUCUGUCUAAAACGAAGGAAUUACAUUCAAAGUUGUGUGACUCCUCUCAUCAUGAAUUAGCAUCCUCUAAUUCACACAGUCAGGAUCAACAUGAAACAAGUUUAAAUCCACCUCCAAUCUGUUUAAAUAUAAGUUCAAAGAUGUGCAACAGCAACUAUGACCAAAGAUGGUUCGGUAGGGAAAUCAAGUGCCUAAAUGUGAGACAUCAUUGGCAUGUCUUUAUCUCACUGCACUGGGGGUGUUAAUGGGGUGGGCCUUGGGCUGGGUGGGGUGUGUGUUCAGUU